AUAAGCCAGUCUUUGUUUUGUAUGCGCGGGUUAUUGCUUUCAAAGGACGAGUUGCAGGGAUUACAAUAUCAUACUAGUAACUUAGUAUGUCACGCUGCUGUAAGAUAUUAUAGUAAUGGACAUAAAUUGGGGGGUUUGCCCCCAAGGCUGAUCGUCUCACCUUCAUUUCUCACGCCUUAUCCUCUUUUUUUUCGGAUACUACUACCCAACUCCUACAUUCUCAUACUUCCCGCAUCAGAGCAGAACAGAUCAGAACAUGGCUCCCCAGAAGCAACUGGUCAUCAAGUUGGCCUCCUUUCGCUACAAGAAAGAAGGUAUCUCUUGGAAGGAGUUUCACGAAUACGGCGCCAGACAACAUGCACCCAAGGCUGCCCGUAUCCAGGAGAGACACGGCGCCUAUAAGAUCACGCACGUAUACACUCCACCAAUCACCAAGAGCCUCAUCACCGAAAAACUUCCCUGGGCUCUCCGUCCCGGCUGGAAACUCGACGACCACGACGUUUCGAUCUCGAUGUACGUGCCUAAUCCCGAGACGCUGCAGGCAAUUAUCGCGGACCCAGAGUUUCAGAGUCUUGUCGCUGGGGAGGACCAUAUCCUGGACCAAAAGCGGGCCACAGUGACCGCCGGCUGGGAGGAGGUGUUUCUUGAUGAGGGCAAGAUUGUGGAUAUCGAGCGCGAGAGUUGGGAGGCUUUUACCGCUAUGGGUCAAGAUAGUGAGAAGACGUCUGCUCCUGAGGAUGUUCGUAUCUAG